AUGGACUGUAAGGCGGAAUCCCUGCUGGUGAGCUUGGUGUCGGACGAGUACUUGGGAUGUAUCCGAGAAAAGAAUACGACCAAAGAAAUGUGGAAGGUUCUUGAAGAUACGUUUGCCAAGAAAUCGGCCGGAAAGCAAACGGUAAUUAGGAAGCAGAUCGCUCGUCUUCAAUUGAAGGAAGGGACAUCAUUGCGCGCCCACCUGCUAAAGUUUGAGGACCUCAUUCGACAACUCCGAGUGGCCGGCUCAAAUCUUGAAGAAAGCGAUGUUUGUGCAGCCUUAAGUUUAACGCUUCCGGAGUCGUAUGACCCCCUUAUGACCGCUCUCGAAAAUCUUCCGGAAGAUGAAUUGACUUAUGAGGUGAAGAAGACCCGGUUGCUUAGUGAUGAAUCGAAGCGUUUGGAUCGAAUGCAUAGUUAUGAAGAAAAACCUACUGCAUUUGUUGGAGAUCAACGCCGGUGA